UGCCUCGAAAAGCCUUAAACCCCGACCACAGCCUGUCCGAGUCACCCGACCGUUUUCCAUCUUCACUCCCAACCGUUUCAUUCCCACCUAACUUACUUUUUCCGAUUUCGACUCGAUUCGUCAUUCCAAACAGGACACCGAAUGCACGAUCGAUCCCACAAGCCGCAGCCGCCGGAGGCUGGCGAGGGCGCCGGCGGCGGGAACGUGGAUCGAGUGCUCUUCAAGAACCUCGUCGAGAUGGUGCCGCUCGUCGAGUCGCUCAUGGACCGGAGGGUCAACUCGGCCUACUCGCGACGCACUUCGCUAGUCUACACGCCGGCGCCGCCCAAGAAGAUUAGACCACCUCACAACGACAGUUUCCCUAGAUCUUUGAUGAACCUGAGGAUGGAUGCUUCGUUCUUACAGGCGAGCGAAUUGGAAAGUGUCAAAUUGCCACAGAGCGUAUCGGCCAAAAAGCGGAGAGACCCUGGCGAUGUAUCCAAGAAGAGCACCCCUGAUUCUAACGGCGACAACGGCUUGGUUGUGCCAUUGUCUCUAUCGGGUGCUGAAAAUAAGCCCAAGGAUGAUGUUGCUGGGCUGCGCGAGCAGGUCGAUUACCUGCAAAAGAAACUGCUCGAGAAGGAGGAGGCGCUGAGGUCCGCGGAGAGCCUCGUGACUGAGAUGAACGCGGCAUAUGCAACCAUCGAUGAACUCCGACGCCUGGUGUCUGACAAAGAAGCUUUGAUCAGAUCUACCAAUUCUCAGUUGCAUGAUGCAAAGAUUAUGCUUGCAGACAAGCAAGCAUCUGUAGAGAAACUGGAAUGGGAGGUAAAGAUGUCAAAUAAAAAGGUCGAAGAUCUUCAAGGAGAUGUGUCAAAUAUGGGAUUCGAGAUAAGCUCGUUGAUGGCAUUUUUCGAUAAAAUUUCAGAGAAUCUUUCAGGUGACUCUUAUGAUGACACAGUACCAUCAUCAUAUGAAUUAGAGGCAAUUCAAUCAACGAGUGAAAUUGACAAGAUCGAGGUCGACAAAAUAGAGCAGGAGAGGAUUACCUAUGGUGAAGCUCUCGCGGCAGCGAGAGAGAACCCUGACGAGGAGCACUUGAAUAUAGCUGCCGAGGCAAGGUCAAGGCUGCAGGUCCUUGUACUAUAGUGGUGGCCCCCUUCUAAUUCUAGUGUAUGUAUGAUAAUGUUGAACUGCUGAUGUAAUUUUACCUUGUUGGCUUGAGUUGAGGCGCUUGUGAAAUCGUUCCAGGGGUAAUGGAACGAGCACUGUAUCUUUUUUUUUUCCUGAGGUCUGCAUUUUUUAUCAUGAAGCUUGAGCUAUAGUUAGAUUUUUUGUGACGGUUAUCAUCUCAAGAUUUAAACCUAUGGUUGGAACUGCUUAUGUAAAUUGUUCUUGAGCCUAAGGUAUAGGCAAUAGCUUUUUAACAGUGUA